AUGGCAAAGGUUAUGGAGAGGCUGCAGCAGUUUGGUUGUGCCUUAGCCUAUUGGGAAUGGCAGGAUUUCCCUCCACUCCCUGCUAAGCUAGGACUGGACUUAAUCCCAGACUUCUCACAAGGUCUGGUAAGUAUCAAGGCUGUCACCUAUCACUGGUCAAAACAUACUUUGAUACUGCGUGAUCUGAUUGAACGGCAUGCAGGGGGUGUUAGAGGUGGCUGGGAUAACCUGCUUGCUGUGAUUUCUGGAGGAUCCUCCACUCCUCUCAUCCCCAAGUAUGUGUGUGAGACAGUAUUGAUGGACUUUGAUGGGUUGAUCCAGGCACAGACUGGGCUCGGAACAGCAGCUCUUAUUGUCAUGGACAAAUCAACAGAUAUAGUUCGAGCUAUUGCCCGCCUCAUUGAAUUCUACAAGCAUGAGAGCUGUGGGCAGUGUACACCAUGCCGAGAAGGUGUCGACUGGAUGAAUAAGGUGAUGUGGCGGUUUGUGAGAGGCAAUGCCCAAGUGUCAGAGAUCGAUGCGCUGUGGGAAAUUAGCAAGCAGAUUGAAGGACAUACCAUCUGUGCUCUGGGGGAUGGAGCUGCUUGGCCUGUACAGGGACUGAUUCGUCACUUUCGUCCUGAGUUGGAGGAACGGAUGAGGCAAUACCAUGAAUCUAAGGCACAGCAGGCAUCUGGAUGAGCAGCUAGAAGACCAACUGCAUUCAAAUUACUCCUGUGUUGAUUGGGUGGGAUCCCUUGGGGGACGAUUCCCAUGCUUGGGCACUGGGUACAGCACACUUACUUGGCAUUGAUACAUCAAGCUAUUUUCUUCCUUCCUUUCAUACAGGGUAAACUAUUAAAUGCUUAUGACUGGAAAAAAAAA